AUGAGAGAAUGGAAUAUAUGUUGUCUCCUUAUAUUCAUUGGUCUGGGAACCACUACAGCCUACUCUCAGGAGUGCCCUACUAUAUCAUAUAUUGAAUCAACAUUCUGUGAUUCCCUGUCAAGUGGAUGCUAUAAGUAUCCCUACGACUGCAAUGCCUAUGUGUCCUGUAAUGAUUCCUGCGCUGAAGUGGAGUACUGCCCCGGGGAGAAGCUCUUUAAUAACGAUCUACGUAUCUGCGAUACCCCAGAAGCCGUGGAGUGCACACCUUUGCCGUAUCCCACAUCCCCCACUACAGAAGCCCCACAAGAAGACCUUUGUUUUGGGAAGGAUAACCAAACCCUGCUGCCCUCCGUUGAUGACUGUGGCGAAUUCAUCCUUUGUGUGAAUGGAAAAAGCGAGACAUAUCGGUGUCCUGGGGAUCUACUCUUCAACCACGUUUUGGGUAUUUGUGACUUCGCGGACGAGGUGUGGUGUGAUGGAAAUCAGACAACGCCAGACUGGGACGAAACCACAUCUUCAACGGAGGAGAUUUUUACCAAGUGCGUGGGCGAAAGCAUGGGAACCUCCUUUCCAAUCACUAGCAAUUGUCAUCAAUACUACUAUUGUUUGGGAAACAAUUCCUACGUAAUACUGCCCUGCCCCGCAAACAAUUGGUACAAUCCCAUCAGCGGCAACUGCGGUCCGGACGUUUCCCCAGAAGCUUGUCGGGAAAUCCUGACAACUCCUGUGCCCACGACAUCCUUGGCCACAACGGUACCAAGCACCACUACCUUGGCGGAUAAAAGAAAUCCCUGCGACAAUCAGGAGGUAGGAACAUCCUUUCCUAUAGAGUCAGACUGCCAGCAAUAUCUGUUGUGCCUCGGAAAUGGUAAAUCCGCCACUGCCAAAUGCCCUUCGAAUUCCUGGUUCGAUCCCAGCAGUGCCGACUGUGGACCGAAUGUCUCACCCACUGCUUGUCUCGCGGCUUUCACCACCACCACGGAAAUACCCGUAGAAACCACUACGGAAAAAUCAGAAGACUUGUGCGCCAACCAGGAAUUGGGAGUCUCAUUUCCUGUGGUGACCAACUGCCAGCAGUAUUUACUCUGCAUGGGAAAUGGAAAGUCUGCGGUCGCCAGUUGCAUUUACAAUUCCUGGUACGACCCCCAAACUGGUAACUGCGGCCCCGACGUGUCUCCCACGGCUUGUACAGAAACACGGACUUCUACAGAAUCUACUACUUCUAAAUCAACUCCUCCAAGCGACACCACAGAUAUCACUUCAAGUUAUACCACCGUGGAGGCGGAAACAACUACAAACCCACCAGAUAUAUCGGGUAUCUGUUACGGGCAAAGCGAGAAUCAAUAUGUGUCUUACCCUGAUGACUGCAGUAAAUACGUUAUCUGCGUUAGCCCCGUGCCGAUUGCCUUUUAUUGUCCGGAAAACCUGUUCUUUAAUCAAGCUCUUCAGAAGUGUGUGGAGUGGGAUUUAAGUGAUUGCCCCUGGGACGAAGACACAACUGUCUCACCGGGCUUUACACAACCGCCACCGGAAACUUCGAUUUGUUUUAACAAGACUGGCAGUAACUUGCCUUAUCUGGAGAAUUGUGAAUGGUUUAUACGGUGCACAGAUGACAGUUCGUACAUGAUGGGAAUCUGCCAGACUGGAGAGUUCUUUGAUCCAUUGAUAGGAGAGUGUGACCCCGAUGCCUCCCCGGACGCAUGUCGCGAAGAUUUCGUUUCCACGACCGAAUCUACCACAACCGGAACCACAGAACCUACCACUUUGAGUACACCAAGUGCCGAAGUUCAUCCCUGUGAGGGUCAACCCGUUGGAAAACUAGUUCCAUAUCCAAAUGACUGCACCAAGUUUAUAAUUUGUAUCCAACCCAAGCCCAUGGUCUACAAUUGCGUUGCGGGUCAAGAGUUCAGUGCCAGCUUGGAGCGUUGCAUGGCACCGUGGUAUGCCAACUGCAGCAUUCCUCUCACAACAACAACCCAUCUUCCGCCCACAACAACCACAUUUGAACCUUUAACUACUCCAUCGCCGGAUAGUUUUUGUUUCGGACAGAUUGAGGGAGCCCUGGUGCCGUAUCCCAGAAACUGCAGCAAGUAUAUAGUCUGCGCCGAUCCCAUUCCUGUUGGCUACGCCUGUCCAGAGGACGAAGAGUUCAGUCCCAUAAACCUGACCUGUAUGGAUGCUGAUAAGGCGGAGUGUAAUCCCAACCGUUUCAAUCAUAAACUAUAAAAGAAAAUCAAUUUAGAGUGCAUAUUUUAUUGUAUAUAUUA